AUUGUAAUGACGCCCUGUUCACCUUGUGGCGACGUCAAAUGCAUUAUAUUAGCUACUGAAUGAGCCACACAUGUAAGGACGAAGAUUGAAACAGUAUUUUAAUAAUAUCUGAUUAGUUGUAGAAAUGCAGUUUGUGUUGCGUGCUACGGACUCAAAAGACGAAUAUGUGAAGAAAUCAACAAACAGUUUGAAGACAGUGACCGAGAUUUAUCAAGACAUAAGCCAAGAGUUAAAGCUAAACGACAAAUCAGAGAUCAGUGUUGAGAUACUGGAGAAGACUGUAGGACUGCUGAAAGAGAAAGCAGAUGGAGGCGAUUCAGAAGCUGCGUUUCUCUUGGGACAGUUGUAUUUUGAAGAGGGCCGCUAUGCAGAAGCUGAGAUGAUCUUUGAUGGCAUAAAAGAUCAAGACCCCAGAGCUUUGUAUCAGCUGGCUGUCAUAUAUUAUGAUGGCCUUCAUACCAAAGAAGACUUUGGCAGAGCAAUUGAGUACAUGAGAAGAGUUGCAUUCUGGGAUUCCUCUGAUGUGGGCUCUAUCAGAUUCGCAGCGCUGUAUAAUUUGGGCAGGGCAUAUUUGGAAGGCUGUGGUGUUCAGGCAUCUAGCAUCGAAGCGGAGAGGUUUUGGCUCCUGGCAGCUGAUGAUGGGAACCCAAAUGCCAAUGUAAAAGCUCAGUCAGCAUUAGGCAUGUUUUACUGCAGACCUGAGACCCUCAACCUCAGAAAGGCGUUCUUCUGGCACUCUCAGGCCUGUGGAAACGGCAGUCUGGAGUCUCAGGGCGCUCUGGGUGUGAUGUAUCUUUAUGGAUAUGGAGUACAGAAGGAUCCAGAAGCUGCUCUGUACUGUCUGAAGGAGGCUGCAGAGAGGGGAAACGUCUAUGCACAGGGACACCUGACCGCCUGCUACUACCACCGAAAACUCUACUCAAGAGCGGCCAGUCUGGGGGAAAGGGUGAGCAAAUACAGUUGUAACAUCAGUGCCAUAGCUCGACGCACAGAUUGUCUGGAGGAAUACAUCCGUAAGGGAAUCACCAUUGGCACGUUCUACUUUGCACAGUGCCUUCAGCUGGGCAGAGGCGUCCAACAGCACAAAGAUAAAGCACAGCGCUACUUUACACAGGCUGCAAAGAUGGAUCCGCAGAUCUGCAAAAAGCUGCAUAUGGACGUUUUGUACGGCAGGAUGUAAAUCACAGCAGCAAUUAAACAAUUCCUAGAGGCCAUGACAUUUUUCAUGUUCUUGUUUGUCAUACAGAUUGUGAUUUUAAAAGAAUGCAUUUUCAAGUGUACAUGAAAAAAAUCUAUCCGAUUUAUAUUUGUAACACUUUACUGUUUUUAUUAGUUAACAUUAGUAAAUACAUUAGCUAACAUGAACUAACAAUACACAAUAUAGUUUUUUAGCAAAUAUUAAACUAUGUUAAUGAUAGUUAAUGUCAAUACAAUUGUUCAUGUUAGCUCAUUGUGCAUUAACAAAUAUUAACAAUUUAAAGAUUAAGUAUUAAUAAAUGCUAAGAUUAACAUGAAUUAACAUGCCUUGACCCAAUGAUUGACAUGGCAGGGGCGUGAUAAACUCAAGAGUGGAUUUUUAAAUCAAAAUCCAUCAC